AUGAAUAAGAGAAACGAAUCUGGGCUACUGCCGGGCUCUCGGCACCGCUCGUGGUUGCAGUCCUUCCUCAAGCUCACGGAGUCCUGGAAGGAACCCAAUUCCCAGAAGAACGAGGUGGAAAUAAAGUCUGACUCCACACAGCUUUUAUUCCGCAAGAACAACACGCUUAAGGAUGUUUCGGAUCGGGAUGGCAAGCAGCUAGUGGAUGAGAUUGUCCACGGCAUCUUCGACAAGAAGCAAGGUACCAUCACGCUAUCUGAAUCGGAGUGUUCGCUGCAGGAGGACAUGCAAGAAUCCCUGAGCAUGGACCCUCGCCUGAAGUUGUGGUACAACACACUCGAGAACCGUGCGGCUGUGCAGGCCAAGAUCCAGCGGAAGCUCGGCCGCCGUCCCGACGAAAUGCUGAUCAACGUGGGCAGCACAGUAGCUCCCAGGGAUCGAGGUACCGUGGUGCGGCUUCUCGACCUUGCCGGUCGCAUGAAUCCCACUACCUUGGUCCAGAAGAAACCUGCUGUUCUUUCCGCCUUGAUCACCAGCAAAUGCAAACUUCUACCAGAACUGCAAGAGACGCUUCCGUGUGCCGAGCAGACCGGUCGGGCGGACGUGGAGAUCACCGGGUUAACCCGUGCCACCAAGCAGGAGAUCCUGGGCAGGGCGUACCAACGGCCCGAGAUGCCCACUCCGUGGCAGAAGUCGCAGAUGCUGGAGAAUCGUAUUGAGAACGAGAGCAGCGACAUAAAGCGCGUCAUCUCGUUCUUUCCGAAUCUGGACAGACUGGAGGUGGUGGGUGGGCCCGUUCAGCAGGAGUUUACCGACGGCGAAAUCAGUCGGGUCGAGCGGGUGUCUUGCGACUCCAUUUUCAGCGUGAGUAGCACGUCUCAGAUACUGCCUGACGAGGAGCAAAAAGAGGAGAGCCCUUCCAGGGCAGAGCCUGACCAGGGAAAAACUGGAGCUGCGGUUUCCCGUGCAGCCGUUAAGAUCAACGGUAUGCUGUUCGUCAACUCAGGAAAGCGCAUCUUUUUGCCCGAGAUCGCAAACGUUUUCUUCGAGUGCCAUCCGUUCCAGAACGUGGUCAAGGAGGUGGCUUGCGUGGAGAACGUCGGUGGUCAUGUGCUCACCUGCCAGUGGUGCUCCGUCGAAUCAAAGCGUGCCCCCAAAAGCACUGCCCAAUUCCAUAACUUCCUUAUGUCCCAGGCCAACUUCACCGUUCUCCCAGGAGAGGUGCACGUAUGCCGAGCGCUUUUCAGGCCACGUGGAUGCUACCUGCUGAAGCAGCGUUAUGAGCUCCGCAUUUCUCCCAACGUAAUCGGUUCUGUGCGCGGUAUUUUCUUGGCCCGGCUUACGGGACACUGUACUCCCGCGCCGGAGUACACAAACAAGCUGCGGCGGCAUCAGCAACUGCUUACGGACAGGGCGAAGAUGAAAAUGACCAGUGACCUGAACAAAUACCAGGCUUCCGUAGUGCCCCUUUUGCAUCCGCCCGAAGUGAUAUGUCCUUAUGAGCGAGUUUUGGAUGAGAGGGAGGUGUUCAAUGUAGAAAAUCCCGGCUACAAGUGCGAACGGUUUGAUGAUCUGGAGACCUUGAAGUCACUAUACAAAGCUCUUAAGAAACCGAGGGAGCCCGCUUGGGAUCUGCGCCUGCAGACGGUUCGUAAGGUAAUCCUGCGGCUUCCGGAAUCCUAUAAACGGAAGUUCUAUUACGAAAAACUGGUCAAAGUUCAGGAGGAACUAAAGCUGUGUAGAGGCAGAGAUUCCCCUACGCAUUUCAGUCGGAAUGACGAAAGGAUUCGGUCCAGGUUUAUCUACGUGAGGGGGUGUAUAGGCAAUGGCAUCCAGGAAUGGGAGGAGAUGAUGGCGUCGAUGGAACUGAGUGGCCUCAGAUUGGAGAUAAGUCACUUUCAGCUAAACGAGGAAGAAGGGGUGCCGCCAUCCGACGGGGCCGAUUAUAAUGGCAAAGGAUCAGAGGAAAAACCGUGGAUUCAGCAGCUGCGUAGGAAAAACCCAUAUCAGUAUCUCUUGAAAAAACUGCGAUCGAGGAAAUCUUACAGGGAUAGCCUCUAUAUGCAGACCUACUCGCACCUGUGUGACAUGGCCGAGAACGUGGUUUCCGUUAUCGAGAGCACCAAAAACGCUUAAAGUAGCUCUACAAAACUGCUUUUUGCAGCUAGUUUGCAAUGUUAACGUCCAAAUUUAAUAUGACCGAGAAGUAAUAGGAAGUUGCUAAAACUCUCGCAAAGAAAUAAAGAAAAACUCCCCAGGGA